CCCAGCAGCUCCACUCUGCAGAGCGCCCUGGGGUCCCUGAAAUCCGAAACCCCGGCGCAGAACCGGCGGAAACCAGAGCAAAACCCUUGAACUUUUCUGGACAAUUGCUUCCGGGCGUUUCAAGGGAGUCAGGGGACCGGACGGGAGCCCCGGCUGCGAAUGGCGAGCCCCUGAGGUCCUGUGGACACCAGAGAGGCCAGCGCUCCGGCUGCAGCAUGGACCGCGCGGGGAGCCUGGGCGCGGGCCUGCGGGGACUCUGCGUGGCUGCGCUCGUGCUCGUGUGCGCCGGACACGGGGGACGUCGCGAGGACGGGGGACCAGCUUGCUAUGGGGGAUUCGACCUCUACUUCAUCCUGGACAAGUCAGGAAGCGUGCUGCACCACUGGAAUGAAAUCUACUACUUUGUGGAGCAGCUGGCUCACAGGUUCAUCAGCCCACAGCUAAGGAUGUCCUUCAUUGUCUUCUCCACCCGAGGGACAACCUUAAUGAAGCUAACUGAGGACAGGGAACAGAUCCGACAAGGCCUAGAAGAACUGCAGAAAGUUCUGCCAGGAGGAGACACUUACAUGCAUGAAGGAUUUGAAAGGGCCAGCGAGCAGAUUUACUAUGAAAACAGUCAAGGAUACAGGACAGCAAGUGUCAUCAUCGCACUGACAGACGGGGAGCUGCAUGAAGAUCUCUUCUUCUACUCAGAGCGGGAGGCUAACAGAUCUCGGGACCUUGGCGCAAUCGUUUACUGUGUUGGUGUGAAGGAUUUCAAUGAAACUCAGUUGGCUCGGAUUGCAGACAGUAAGGACCAUGUGUUUCCUGUGAAUGAUGGCUUCCAGGCCCUUCAAGGCAUAAUCCACUCAAUUUUAAAGAAAUCUUGCAUCGAAAUUCUGGCCGCUGAACCAUCUACCAUAUGCGCAGGAGAGUCUUUUCAAGUGGUCGUAAGAGGAAAUGGCUUCCGGCACGCCCGCAAUGUGGACAGGGUCCUCUGCAGCUUCAAGAUCAAUGACUCGGUCACACUCAAUGAGAAGCCAUUUGCUGUGGAAGACACUUACUUGCUGUGCCCAGCACCCAUCUUAAAAGAAGUUGGCAUGAAAGCUGCACUGCAGGUGAGCAUGAACGAUGGCCUGUCCUUCAUCUCCAGUUCCGUCAUCAUCACCACCACACACUGUUCAGACGGCUCCAUCCUGGCAAUUGCCCUGCUGAUCCUCUUUCUGCUGCUGGCCCUGGCGCUGCUCUGGUGGUUCUGGCCUCUCUGCUGCACAGUGAUCAUCAAGGAGGUCCCACCACCCCCUGUUGAGGAGAGUGAGGAAGAAGAUGAUGAUGGUCUGCCUAAAAAGAAAUGGCCCACGGUAGAUGCCUCUUACUAUGGUGGACGCGGUGUGGGAGGCAUCAAAAGGAUGGAGGUUCGCUGGGGAGAGAAGGGCUCCACGGAGGAAGGGGCUAAGCUGGAAAAGGCAAAGAACGCGAGAGUCAAGAUGCCAGAGCAAGAGUAUGAGUUCCCGGAGCCCCGAAAUCUCAACAACAACAUGCGCCGGCCUUCCUCCCCCCGGAAGUGGUACUCGCCCAUCAAGGGAAAACUCGAUGCCUUGUGGGUUCUGCUAAGGAAGGGGUAUGACCGCGUGUCCGUGAUGAGACCACAGCCGGGAGACACGGGGCGCUGCAUCAACUUUACCAGAGUGAAGAACACUCAGGCCGCCAAGUACCCCCUCAAUAACGCCUACCACCCCAGCUCCCCACCUCCUGCUCCUAUCUACACACCCCCACCCCCUGCUCCCCACUGCCCUCCCCCAGCCCCCAGUGUCUUCCGUUUGACCCUGCAAGGAGAGCACAAGCCCAACACACGCAGGGCUUCCAACUUCAGAAAACUCAAGCAUGAAAGAAUAGACUCGAAACAUGUCAUUCAAACUGUAAAAUGGAAUCCCACCCAGUUCACAGAUAAAUGCCAGUUCCUCGGGCAAUUCUGUGAGCCGAAAAGGGACCUGAGAGGCCUGUUGAGCCACACUGUCACCAAUCUAAAGCUGGACGCUCCGUGA